CUCACACAACCUGGUGGUUGCAAUUGGUCAGUAGCUCUAGUGUAACAGGUGCAUUGCACUUGUGGUUGUGUGGACAUGGCUGCAGGGUUAAUGUCAUGGGCUUGCGCUGUCCUUUCGCUGAGGACAGUGUUGUCCGAUUAUGUUCCAGGGUUUGGACCAGUUUCUGGUGGCACCGGAGGAGGGUAUGGUCUCCGCUCUAAUGACUGGGGCUCUACAUCAGGAGAUGCUGUUGACCUCCCUCAUCAUAAUUUUGGAGCACAGCAACAGACCAACUCUCCUGGUGUGCAAUGGGUUCAACUAACAAAGAAAUCCAUACCAUUAAAGGACUUUGAACGGACCCUCUCUUCCACCGCCACCUUCCCUGCCAGCCGUCAGUCAGCAGAUGCAUCAUUCAAUGUGAUUCAGCCAGCCAAUGUAAACAUUUUUCAGAGGAAUCAUGAUCUUGGCCCAGGGCUCAUCAAGUACAGUCAAAUGCAUGAUGCAAGGCCCAGAUAUCGAUGGACUGAGCCCAGUGAGGAGGACGGACCUAAUCAACUGCAAAGUGGUGCCAUCCAAAUCCAAACGGGGUGGCGACCUUCCCAAGCGGAGGUGGGUUCUCUAGCCUGGCCUUGGGUUAACAACAGAGUGCUGCAAAACGUCCCUGAAAAUCUCGAGGUGUCACCAAACACCAAAAUGGACCAGAUGGAACUUUUCAAAGGCCAGAAUUCUGCAUCUCAGUAUGGCACGAGGGAACUACAAGACACAGGAAAUGCAGCUACUGGUGGUCAGCAUGUUUGGUCCAUUCAAACUCCUUUUGAUUAUGGUGGCCAGAGCACUCCAGGACCUGCACCUCCACUACAUCUCACCGCUGCCAAUGAAAUGCAGAGCCCAUUGCCAGACUAUUUCACUCACAAUGAUCGGGGAAGCCUGCAACAAGGUUUAUCUUUUGUGCAACCCCCUGUUAGCCAUGGCGUUCAGGUACCUGUGGCAGCAAGUCAAACGAAUACUGCCCAGAGUUCACAUGAUCAUUAUUACCCAGCAACCACAGAGACGCUGGGAAAGCCUCCAGCUCCUGUCUCCACCCCGACCCACUACCUAAGGAAUCAGCACCCACUUGCCCUGCAGACCAGUUACAGCCAUGAUGCAACUCAUGGACAGCAACCGUAUCAGGAAAAUCUAGAAGUUUCAGGAGGUGGUGAUGGCUCUUCUGCGAGUGCAAACGACGUUGAGGAGGACACGCAGUCCAUUGAAGACGAGCCAAUAAAGCCCUCCAGAGCAGAGGCGCUCUCCCUGCUGAAACAAGCCCUCACAGAUGUGUCCAGGGGUCACCCCUUUAAUUCUGUGAUGCAGAGGCUGAUUCCUGGGUUUAUUCCCCCAGGCGAUCUAGAUGUCCUUGACAAGGCGGAGAGUUCAAUUUCUCCAUCUGUAAACGGCGUCCAAAGUCUAUUUGGUGAUAGCAAUGGAGAUCCGACGAUGUUCCCAAGUGCCAGUCAAGCUCAUGAGUACACCCCAUCUAGUAGCAUGACUCAAGUUAUAAGUCAUAACACUGAGGGCACUUUGACUUCAGGAACUCCUGUCAGCAGUGGUGACCUAGGAACACCUGUCUUGCCAAGUAUCAGCACAAGCGCACCCCAGCAGCCCGUCACCCCAGUUGAAGCUUUCAUGCCUCCCUCAGGUUUUGUAAAUGUGAAUGAAGGCGCGCCUGGCAGCAGUACUGUUUCUAUUGGUUUUGCGGCCUACAAAGAGACAAGUAACAGGGACCCAGUCCAACAGCCAACCACAGGGUCGCCCACACCACAUUCACAGACCUCAUCCUUUGUGUCCUACAAAGUCACAACCACGGGAGGUGCUGCACCGCAGAGCACCACACAAGGGAGGAGGCCAUAUUCGCGGAGAUACACAGUACCUCUAAGAAGAGCAAAUUACGGGGUCAGAAGACCCUCUGCAAGCUGGAUGUUCCAACCACACAGAAGGGUUAAUAAUAAUGCUGCUGCCAAAACGACUGGCAUCAAAAGCUACAGAUUUGCAAAGCAACCUGCUGGAUUUGAGGCUAGCUACAUUGUAAAAUCCUUCAACGGCUACAGCAUGGGAACACUUGUGCAUUCAAAGACCACCUACACACCACUGACUUAUCCUCACACCCAGAUAAAAAGGGGGGUAAAGUCCAUGUAAAGCUUGAAAAGGAUCCACCUUUCCAGCCUUUUGGGUCGUGACCCUGGAUGUCUUCUGAAAUUGGAUAUCCUCUUUGUUACUUUUGAAAUAAAAGUAUUGAUCUGUU